GGACGCAAGGAAAGAAGCGAUGCGCUGAACUCUGCGAUUGAUAAAAUGACCAAAAAGACCCGAGAUUUGCGCAGACAGCUCCGCAAAGCUGUUAUGGACCACGUAUCAGACUCUUUUCUGGAAACAAAUGUUCCACUUUUAGUAUUGAUUGAAGCUGCCAAGAAUGGGAAUGAAAAAGAAGUUAAAGAAUAUGCCCAGGUUUUCCGUGAACAUGCCAACAAAUUGAUUGAGGUUGCCAACCUGGCCUGUUCCAUCUCGAACAACGAAGAAGGUGUGAAAUUGGUUCGCAUGUCAGCCAGCCAGCUUGAAGCCCUGUGUCCCCAGGUUAUUAAUGCUGCCCUGGCUCUUGCUGCUAAACCCCAAAGCAAACUGGCCCAAGAAAACAUGGACCUCUUCAAGGAGCAGUGGGAGAAGCAAGUCCGCGUGCUGACAGAUGCUGUUGAUGACAUCACUUCCAUCGAUGAUUUCCUGGCUGUAUCGGAGAAUCAUAUUUUAGAAGAUGUCAACAAGUGUGUCAUAGCUCUCCAAGAGAAAGACGUUGACGGCUUAGACCGCACCGCUGGCGCAAUUCGAGGACGUGCUGCUCGAGUCAUUCAUGUGGUCACUUCUGAAAUGGAUAACUACGAACCUGGAGUCUACACGGAGAAGGUGCUGGAAGCCACCAAGUUACUGUCCAACACAGUUAUGCCCCGCUUUACGGAGCAAGUAGAAGCUGCAGUGGAAGCCCUGAGCUCAGACCCUGCCCAGCCAAUGGAUGAAAACGAGUUCAUUGAUGCUUCGCGACUGGUGUACGAUGGCAUCCGAGACAUCAGGAAGGCUGUGCUGAUGAUCCGGACUCCUGAAGAGCUGGAUGAUUCUGACUUUGAGACUGAGGAUUUUGAUGUCCGAAGCAGAACAAGUAUUCAGACUGAAGAUGAUCAGCUCAUUGCUGGGCAAAGUGCAAGGGCUAUCAUGGCUCAGCUCCCUCAAGAGCAAAAAGCAAAGAUUGCUGAGCAAGUUGCAAGCUUCCAGGAAGAAAAGAGUAAAUUGGAUGCUGAAGUAUCAAAAUGGGAUGACAGCGGUAAUGAUAUAAUUGUUCUGGCAAAACAAAUGUGCAUGAUUAUGAUGGAAAUGACAGACUUCACCAGAGGUAAAGGUCCACUGAAAAAUACGUCAGAUGUGAUCAGUGCAGCCAAGAAGAUUGCAGAGGCUGGGUCAAGGAUGGACAAGCUGGGCCGGACUAUUGCUGACCACUGCCCCGACUCCGCCUGCAAGCAGGACCUCCUGGCCUACCUGCAGCGCAUCGCCCUGUACUGCCACCAGCUGAACAUCUGCAGCAAAGUGAAGGCUGAAGUCCAGAACCUCGGCGGGGAGCUGGUUGUGUCUGGGGUGGACAGUGCCAUGUCUCUCAUCCAAGCAGCCAAGAACCUGAUGAACGCGGUGGUGCAAACCGUGAAGGCUUCCUACGUGGCAUCCACCAAGUACCAGAAGUCCCAGGGCAUGGCUUCCCUCAAUCUCCCCGCCGUCUCUUGGAAGAUGAAGGCGCCGGAGAAGAAACCCCUGGUCAAGAGGGAGAAACAAGACGAAACCCAAACGAAAAUCAAGAGAGCGUCCCAGAAGAAACAUGUCAACCCAGUGCAGGCUCUCAGUGAGUUCAAGGCCAUGGAGAGCAUUUAAAGAGAGGUCUCUGUCUCGGUUAUUUUUUUCUCUAGCCCACUACUGCUCCUUCCAGAACUCUACUUUUAAUAUUCUAAGGAUUUUUUCAGAAGUUUACUAUUCCUCAAAAUGUAUUUACUUAAUAUAAUUUUGAUAAUUUUGUUUAGAUUACGUGGGGAAAUGCUCAGAUUUCUAAGUCCUAUCGAUAGAGCUCCAGCCUGCGGAAGCGUGUUAACUUUAGAUGGCUUUUAGAUUUCAGGGGUGUUAUUUCCAGCUGAAAAUCAUUUUGUAUAAUCUUGCUUUAAAUAAAGUAUUCUUUAACCAAAGAGGA